AUGGCCGCCUUUUGCGCCGUUUUGUUCUUGUUCUGCUUUAGCUGGGCAACUCAAGCACAGCAGAGUCUGAUUGCUUUCAAUCAAUCCGCUGGUGCACUUCUGCUCGCAGAUUCGUCCACAGCGCCCGUGAUACUGGUCAGCAACGAUGAAUGGACGGGUGUGCAACGAGCGGCGGGUGACCUAGCUCAGGAUGUUGGACGCAUAACCGGCAUCAAUGGGACUGUCCUCACAUAUAACUCCAGUUUUGCUGCCCAGUCCACUGCACCGAUCGUCAUUGCAGGGACAGUAGGAAAGUCCAGUUUGAUCCGGUCGCUCGUCCAAUCCGGGAAGAUCAAUGUCGACAACGUACGAGGCCAAUGGGAGAGCUAUCAGAUACAGCUGGUUUCGAACCCAUUGGAAGGCGUAAGCAGCGCACUCGUCGUUGCUGGCGCGGACAAAAGAGGAUCGAUUUACGGCAUCUACGACAUUUCCGAACAAAUGGGUGUAUCGCCUUGGUAUUGGUGGGCUGAUGUGCCGGCCAUGCCGCAGCAGUCCAUCUAUGUUCAAAAUGUCACAAAAGUGCAGCCAUCGCCUUCGGUCAAGUACCGCGGGUUCUUCCUCAAUGACGAGCAGCCCGCUCUGACCAACUGGUUAAACACCCGCUACCCGCCUGGUGAAUAUGGACCUGGCUUCAACCAUCUCUUCUACUCGACGGUCUUUGAGCUCCUGCUCCGCCUCAGAGCCAAUUAUAUGUGGCCUGCGCAAUGGGGUAGCAUGUUCUACGUGGACGACCCGCUAAAUCCUGCGACCGCGGACGAGUACGGAAUCGUUAUGGGAACUAGUCACACUGAGCCCAUGGCUCGAAACACCAAUGAACAAUCGAACUUCCUGAAUGGUACAUGGGGCUGGUCGGUCAAUCGUGCAAAUGUCACAGAAUUCAUGAGGCAAGGUGUGGAAAGAGCGCAACCAUAUGAGACUCUCUACACCAUGGGUAUGCGGGGACUUGGAGACGUGGCUUCGCCCACACUCAAUGCAAGCAGUCUCGAGCAGAUCGUCAAUGUCCAGCAAGACCUCAUACGAGAGGUGUACAACACCAGCAAUGAUUCAGUCGUGCCCCAAAUGUGGUGUCUGUAUAAAGAGGUGGGAGGCUACUUCGCCGAUGGUCUUGAGGUGCCGGAUGACGUAACGCUGCUCUGGAGCGACGACAACUGGGCCAAUAUGCAACGGUUGCCCCUGGCAAACGAGACCGGUCGAGCUGGCGGCGCAGGGAUAUACUACCACGCAGACUACGUCGGCGACCCAAGGGACUACAAAUGGAUCGACACCAUCUCUCUUCAGAAGUACUGGAGUGAAUUGCAACAGGCGUACGACCGAGAAGCACGGCAGAUCUGGAUUCUCAAUGUUGGCGACCUGAAGCCGCUUGAGUUACCGAUCAGCUAUUUCUUCGCUUCUGCAUACAAUACCCCUGCUCUCUCCUCGCCUAACAGCACACAAGCUUGGCUAAGUCAAUGGGUUGCGCGUCAAUUUGGGACCCAAGUCGCCGAUGCGACAGCGGCCAUCUUGCUCAAUUACUCCGUGCUCGCGGGCAUGCGAAAGUACGAGCUCGUCGAUCCCACCACGUAUAGCAUUAUCAACUACAACGAAGCCGACAACGUUCUUCAACAAUGGCAGAACUUGGUCAGCGCAGCCAGUGCGAUCUACAACCAACUCGAUCCUUCCCUCCAAUCCUCGUACUUCGAGCUGGUGCUGCACAAGUGCCUUGCCGGCUUUACGGUGUAUGCGAUACACAUCAAUGCCGCGAAGAACAAUUUAUACUCUGAACAAGGACGGACCAGUACAAAUACAAUGGCGCAGACGGUCAUGAAUUACUUUGCACAAGAUCAUGCCUUGACCCAGCAAUACCACAAUUUGCUGAAUGGCAAGUGGAAUCACAUGCUGGAUCAAACCCACCUUGGAUAUCAAUACUGGCAGCAGCCAAUGCGAAACAGCAUGCCUGCGGUCUCGAUGGUUCAGCAGCGUGAAGUUUCUCUGGCCGGCCAACUCGGCGUGACCUGCGACGGCAAUAACGGAACGGUUCCUGGAGACGAUAUGUACCACAGUCUCUCGUCCAACGUUCUCACUCUACCGCCCAUGGAUCCUUACGGGCCGUCACGAUGGAUUGAUGUCUUCUCAAGAGGCACCGACGCAGUCAACUUCAAUGUGUCGAGCGAACCUCACGUCCUUGUUAGCCCCUCAAGUGGUAUUCUCCAAGCAACAGGAAACAACACGGACCUGCGCCUCACCGUGUCUAUUGACUGGGCGAAUGCCCCUAAUGGAAGCACAAUCUCAGUCAUCAACAUCACGACCACUACACCAACUGGUGUCUACAACAAUGGCACAUAUCCCUACGGUAACUUCGGGAGGCCGCAAGUCCAAGUUCCUGUCAAUAACACAGCUGUACCUGCAUCAUUCCACGGCUUUGUCGAGUCCGACCGGACCAUCUCCAUUGAGCCUAAACACUUCUCGUCAAACACGUCCAACACUUCUACGGCAUACUACGAGGUCAUUCCUGCUUACGGCAGGACGUUGUCGGGCGUGACUCUGCUCCCGUUCACAGGCCCGUCUCAAUCGCCCAGCUCGGCCUCGACGCCCAAGCUCACAUACAAUUUCUACACCUUCACGCCGAAUAUCACAAACGCAAACCUGACACUUUACGCCGGGACGGCCAUGAACACCGACCCCACGCGACCUCUCAGAUAUGCUGUCAGCAUCGACAACUCGAUGGCACAGAUCAUCCAACCGAAUCCGUUGACUCAUCUUUGGCCCCUUCCUGCGAUGUGGAACGGCAUGGUUGCGAACGCCGCAAUGACGAACACGACGAUGCAUAACAUUACACGGACCGGAGCACACACGCUGAACCUCUGGCUUUUAGAACCAGGCCUGGUUGUGCAGAAAUUGGUGCUUGAUUUAGGCGGAGUGAGGCGCAGUUACCUUGGGCCUCCUGAGAGCAUGAUCGUCUGA